CUUGUUGAAAGCUAUUGAUUUUUAGAAGUACCCACGCCACUCGACGCCUGGGUGAGCUGACCGGUGGUGUCUGGAUCAGCAGUGGCCGGUACCCGUCAUCCGUGUCAAUGACGGUGGCCGGCCACCUAACCCGUCAGCCAACCUGUCGCCGGGCAUACCGACUCGCUCCGUCGCGCGCCGACGUCGUCGCCUGCGUCGGCGACGACGCAGGCCAUAGUCGGCGACGACGAUCGCCGACGGUCAGUGGGACUGUGCGGGGCCGCGGAGACGGACGCGCUUGACUCCUGCUCCGUCCAACUGGACUCGGCUCGGACGGGUCCCACACUGAGAGAAUUGUCGGAAGAACAGAGAAUACUACUGGGACGAGGGCCUGGAACAGGAUCAAGAGAACGAAACACGGCGCUCGUGACUUUCACCCGGUGACUUGCCCCGUUCAACGGUCUUGUGCAGUGAGUGUGGGGCGCCACUGCACGUCUGCCGCCAUGGCGCUCAACUCUGUGGUCACGUCGAACGCCAAGCGGUACCUGGAGACGAUGCUGCGCGACCUCAACUUCACGCUGGACGACUGGGCCAUCUACCGCGAGCUGACCGGCCAGAGCGGAGAGCUGGGCGGCCUCAGCGACCAGCUGUGGGCCGUCGACACCGGCGACGAGGACGAGCGAGCCAUCUGCGGCGAGCGCGGCCAGUGGCUGCGCGACUCGUACCGACCCUGGCACGGCUACCUGGCGCUCUUCGUCUGCCUGUUCGGCUCGGUGGCCAACCUCUUCAAUAUUGCCGUGCUGACGCGCAAGGAGAUGCGCUCGCCGACCAACGUCAUCCUGACGGGCCUGGCGGUGGCAGACCUGAUGGUGAUGGUCGAGUACAUCCCGUUCGCCUACCGCCGCCACAUCAGCACCAUCAAGGACACGUUCAGCUACCCGGACACGCUGUACAUCCUGUUCCACGCCCACUUCGCGCAGGUGUUCCACACCAUCUCCAUCUGGAUGACGGUGAUGCUGGCCGUGUGGCGCUUCCUCUCCAUCGUGCACAUGCACACGGCGUCUCGCUGCUGCAGCAUGCGCAAUUCCAUCUACUGCAUCGUGGCCACGUACGUGCUGACGCCCAUCAUCUGCAUCCCGUCCUACUUCACGUUCUCGCUGCGCGGCCACCCGACCCCCAGCGGCCAGGUGCUGUACCGCAUCGACAUCAGCAGCCUGGGCCGCGCGCACGGCGGCCUCCUCAGCCGCGUCAACUUCUGGCUCUUCGCCGUGGCCAUCAAGCUGGUGCCGUGCCUGGCGCUGACGUACUUCUCGGUCCGUCUGAUCGGCGUGCUGCUGGAGACGAAGCGCCGGAAGCAGCGGCUGCUGUCGGGCUGCCAGCCGGCCGGCGAGCACCACCCGCUGGCGCGCGGCUCGCGCCAGGCCGACCGCACCACCUGGAUGCUGGUCACCGUGCUGCUGCUCUUCCUCAUCACCGAGUUCCCGCAGGGCAUCCUGGCGCUGCUGUCGGGCAUCCUGCAGGACCGCUUCUUCCGCAGCUGCUACCUGCACGUCGGAGAGCUGCUGGACAUGCUGGCGCUCAUCAACUCGGCCGUCAACUUCCUGCUCUACUGCCUGAUGAACAAGCAGUUUCGGGUGGAGUUUCGGGCGCUGGUGUCGCUGCCGGCGCGCCCCUGUCGUCGCCGACGCACCCACACGGUCAACAAGCUGCGCCAGGCGUGCGUCACCGACACGACGUGCGUGUGAGCGCCGCCAGAGAGCCGCGGGUCGAGCACCCGGCGCACUCGUCCGAAACACAGACUGGGGGACGGGCGCAGGACUUGGAAUCAGACUCUGAGCCGUGCGGUCGUCAAUGUCACAGGCUGCAACUAGCUCACAGUGGGUGAAAUCACAGGCUGUUUGCUGCGGCCGAUGGUAGAACUCUGCAGGCUGUGAGCCGCACCUAGUUGUUCGAACUCCCUGUGUGUGCCACGCACACGCAUCUAUCGGUGUCACAAUCUGUUGUGGCGAUCCUACACUACCAUCCAUAUGCUGCACAGUGUACGAACCAGACACAAAUUUACAUUUGUGCGUAUUCGUGAGGCAGCAUUAUGUAAAUUUCAGCUGCCGUCGACUUUUCAGCUGACGUUUCGAUAAAUACUUUCUGGCGUCGCCGUGGUAGGCGGGUGUGCGUUCACUACAGGCGACGGCCGAGUUUGAUGAAGUUUGACUUCAUCUGUUUCGGCCAGAAUGUUAAUGUUGUGCCAAAUGUCGUCCGGAUGACACCUGACUGUCUGCGCUGCCGCUACUUCUGAGAAAUCGCGGCCCACGGCCGGACGGCGAUGGUCUUUCUGUGCGCCUGUGACCUUUCUUAAUUGGUCAUCAUUCGACGUAUGUACGUGUGAGGGGCAUAUGGCCGGUAGACGGCUUUACUGUGGCUGUUAUGUGUUGGUCGUUGUUGCUGUCAUGUUUUGAAUGGUAACUAGAAGUUCAAUACCUGCGCAAGAUUUGGCCGUACAGGGUCGGAUAGGAGCCAUUCGAAGGCAUUAUCCGUGGACUGGGAUGAUGCUUCAGAAGAUUAACUUCAAGAACUUAUGUGCAAGUAAAGCACAAUAUUGCUUGCGACUUUGCCUAAUGGGAAUGCGUCCUAUUUUCUUCAUAUCUUUGAAAAAAACGGCCGUGUAAAUUUCCGUUUUUCUAAAGGAACCGUAAAGUGGGGCUAUUUGAGACAGUGGGGCUAUUUGAGACAGUAUUCAAAAUCGCUAUAAAAUGAAGAUCGUUUGAUUUUUGUGUGAUAUAUUUGCACAGGGAGGUGUGGAAUCGAGCAAUAAAUCACCUGGGCAAAAAAUUAAGCAUGUAUCUUAAGUGUUUUUUUUAUAGCAAUUUUAAAUACUGUCUCAAAUAGCCCCACUGUCUCAAAUAGCCCCACCUUACGGAACUUGCAAAAGCUUUUGUCCUAAAAGAAACUUGAGGGUAUUUAAACCAUUUUUGCUACUUUUCACUCCAAACUAGUUUACGUGUCAUACUCAAUACCAACAUUUGCAUCAAAGCAUGACCAAGUGCUGAGCCCUAACAGGUCAUGUGAGAUGAAAUGCACGCUUUUUAAUGUAACCAUAGUUAACAGGAGAUCUUCAGUUGUCUCCUGUCAUCUACGGUCGAUUGAGGCGUCAUUGAUGACGUUUUCUGUGCCAAACAAUCAACAGCUUUACAUUUCUCCAUCCCUCCCGAAAGUAAACAUGACGACCGGAACAAGAGGCUUCCGCCAUAUCCAGUCAAAGAUAAUACGAGGUGGCACGGUUGAUUGCGAUAUCCGGAAGAGAAACAAAUUCAGCAAGUUUCCCGGGAGGUUCAUGCGAACUUCGUUGAGGUGUAACAAGUUUAUGUAAUUGUUUCAGCCAAAGCGAUACAGGAGCUCAUAAUUUGUGCACCACUUCUUGUAUAGUGUCAUCCACAAGCAGGAAAUUCAAGAAAAUAAUUGUUCGCGUUUUCAAAGAUGUGUGUUUACGUUUCAACGCUCUAAAGAGUACCUAAUGAUGGCUUUUCAUGGUACUUUCGUGUGAUGUAGAGACAUGUCGGAUCAUGUAACAAAGCUCAGUGUAUAUUGUCGUAGGUACAACUGUUGCUGUUUCACGAAUA